ACAUCCUUUUUACAGCUAAAAAAAAUCGAAAAUCGUUUAAAGGAACUUUCCGAAGAAUGUAGAAACUUAAAGAUACAGACGACAAAUUUAGCUGCGUUGAUGAAUUCUGUGAAAGAAUUACCUAUUAUUGUCAAAAGCCUGGAAACUUUAAUUAAUGAACUCCAGUCAAGCAGUACUCAUUCAGUCUCGCCACCUGUCAACACUGAUUUACCAAAACACCUGUCCCCUUUAUGCCUUAAAAGUUCUUGCGAUACAGCUACGAUUGAGGAAAAUGAUAAUACUGGCGACGGUGUGGAAGAGAUGGUAGCACUGGCUCCUGGUAUUACGAUUUUGCAUUCGCAGAGGGAUCUUUUGACUUUACAAGGAAAUCCAAAGAACUACACGUUUGCGUUAAUGGACAUGAUGUGGUCCAGAGAUGUGUUAGCAACACAUUCCCUAACAGGAAAAACGUCCAAUGCUCACAAAGAUAAAACACCAAAGCCUUCAUUGGAUGCUUCAAAAGUUGCUGCACUGUGUGAUUGUCGAAGGAGGAUCAUGACGGAAGGAACCGCUAUCACAAUUACCAAAAAAAUGCAUUAA